ACAGAGUAUAGUGUCGUCUAGCAUCCAUGUCUUCUACAUGAGGCCAAAUGAUGGAAGAUGCCUAACCAGCAACAAUCUUGGCAUUGUUCACGGAUCACCCAAUACAAAUCUCAAAUAAUAGAAGACUAUCAGACUGAAUUUAGAAUGCAAUUAUAUUCUUCUAAGAAUAGUACAUCAAUGUUGGGCAAUAUCUACAUUCUCUGGAUUUCUUCCAAAUAAAACAAGAGUUAUACAGAGGUGGCAAAUUUUUCAGCACUCAAUCUUAACGACUGACGGCUUUUCAAUUCCAUAUGAUGUGGGCAUGCGCUCAGGGUAUAACACUUCACACCCACUAGGGUAGUGGUGAAGAUAAUUCCUUCCACCCUUGGUUGUAAUCAUUCUCAUCUCUUCUCCCAUGAUUAGGAGGAAUCCUGAAUUCCAUGGAGUCUUGCUGCUCCUGGAGAAUUUCUCAAGGUUUAUCCAACGUUGAACUUGGUUGGGCAGCUUAAAAGUUUCAAAGAUGGAGAAUUUCUUAACUCAAAAUUUAAAAAAAUGAAUUGAUGAAUCCCAAUCAGUAAGAAGGUGUUUUUCUGAUCACCAGUGAGGCUGCUAAAGAAUUCUCAAACUGUUCUCCACCUGUUAGACUUUCUGUAAAAGAUGUAGUGUGAAUAGAAUUGAAAAGCUCCGGUCUGUAAUUUGUUUUGUGUUCUCUUAAUUGUGCAUGCAAAACCUCGCCACAAGCCCAAUCCAGAGCUUUAUCCUGUAUUGGUCUAGGAAACUUGCAAUUGAACUUGUAUGAAGAUAAAACUUCAUGCAAGUAACCUGUAAGUCAUAAGAUAGAUACUCUUGAAACAAUUGACAGAUAUUGCUGGAACAAGUAUUAAGAAACAUGCAGAUGCAGAGUUUUGGGAGAGAGUCACUCAACAGCUCAUGGAACAGCAGCAGAGCAGGACUUGACGUUCCAUGGCAAGAAGCCAGGCUUAGAGGGAAAUUCUAUGAUGAGUACAGAGAGAAAAGAGAAGCCAAGUUGAGGGAAGAACACACUGCAAAAAAAGCAGAAAAAGAGCUAGCUAAACUUAAGGCCAUGCAAGAAGUACUAGAACAGCGGAAAGCAGAAAUCACAGCAAAAAGUGUGACAAAUUCACCCAAGCGAAAUUUUUCAUCCCAGGCUCAACCCUCACCCCAGAAAUUGCAGUCUCCUUCCAACACGAGGCUUUUGAAGAACAAGAUAGAGCAGAACAAAACCAACGAAGAUGAUGGAGACAGUACCAAUGAUUUGUACAAGGGUUCACCUCAUCAGAAAGGUAGAUUCAAUAGAGGUGUUCCUGGUGAGCUCCUUUGUCCUACUUCUCCUACACACGAGCCACUGGAUCUUUCCAAAUCAAAUGGUGUUAAAAAGAUUUUAUCCAAAAAUAUACCUUCACCAACUGCACGUGCAUCUAAAACUUUGAAAUCUCCUUUGAGAUCACCAUCACCAAAGCCUACCAAACCUAAGGUUUCAGGUACCAAUAACCAAUCUACAAUGAAGCGCUGGAACCAGACCCUGAUGGGUGAGAGAUCUCUGUCUCAAUCAAUGUCUAACUUAGCUGAUAUGAAGAAGAACUCCAAGGUUGUAUCUGGACAGUCAGGUUCAAAUUCAACAAUUGAGAAGCUUGGACCUACUUCUUCUGUCCAAAACAAAUGCAACCGCAAUAAAACUAAAAGUGGCAAUGAAGCUUCCUGUCUGGACAUUAAUGGCUCUCGCUCUGGUUCACAGUCAUCUCAUAGUAAGGAGGAGAAGAAGAACCCUAAUCAAACAAGAAAAGGCCUUCUUGGGGAGAGUGAUUCCAACUGUUUGUCUCUCACUAAUUCUGAGGAAAGUACUUUAACCUCAAAACCAAGCUCGUAUGGUAAAGCGAGCAAUAAGAACAGUGCUAUUCCCCUGGAUUCAAAACCCUACCUCCGCAAAGGCAGUGGAAUAGGCCCGGGCUCUGGUCGUGUUGCUUCUAAAGUGAAACCAUUCUCACUUGAUCAUUCACCAAAGACAGUAGAGGAUGAAGUGCAAGUUGGUGAAGAAAUUACCAAGGAAAGAGCGGAAGAAUGGAGAAAUCCAGAGCCAUAUAACAUCAUAGAAGGAGCUACAGAAGAAAAGAAACCUGAUCAGAUGGAAAGUGAUUCGGUGAUAAGCGCAGAUGUUUGUGGUGGAUUAUAUAAACCAGAAAGAAAUAUGGAAAGCAUGCCAGCCCUCAAUUUAGUGUCAAUUGUCUCAGAGGAUUGUGUACAUCAGAAUGAGAUCUCUAGCAAUGAUAGGAGCAUGCCCACUGUAUCCAAAGUCACCAAUGUUGGUGUCUAUCCGUCAAAAAUGGCAGAAUCUCCCCCUAUUGAAAGUCAUGGACAUGGGAAAGAAAUCACUUCAAGUUCUAUGAUUAUCAUGAAUGAGGAGAGUAUGGAAACGUUCCCAGCAGCUGCAUUUUUGUUUAGUUCACCCCCUUUGAUCCACUCACACCUCAUCUCAUCUGGCCUCCACUCUGAACUAGUGAAACCUUCAUCAUUGAAAUCACUUAAACAUUCUUGUUCUUCGAUGGUUGAAGCUGAUGCUGAUGCAGAGCAAAGUCACCAAAAAUAUGGCAGCUCACAAAAACCUAUUCUAGUUGCUGUGCAUUCCCAAAAAGAUGCUCCAAAAGGGUUAAAGAAAUUUCUGAAUUUUGGUCGAAGAAACAGGUCUAAAACUGUAUUAGCACACUCAGUUUCUGAAUCCAACAUCUCUGAAGGCGAUGAAGGCAUGGACUCGUUGAAGAAACUCUCUCGAGGAAAUACAAAUGACAUCCUGCAAAGAGGCCAAGUUCAAGCUAAGGACAUUAUACUUCGGCGUCCCUCUUUCAAUAAAAGCUAUGAUUUUCAGAGCAUGAAUUCUUCAGUUCAAUCAAGUCAAAGUGCUAUUCUAAGGGAAGAGGAUUUAACAGGAGCCACAGUACGGAAAGGUAAACUCCUCUUACAAGUACCCCGCUCUCUCUUUGCAUUGCCAUCAUUUAGAAGCAAAGGAAGCAAUUCAAAAUCUCGGUGAUAUGGUCAGUUACCUGCAUUCUCAGUUCUGUUACUCAAAUGAAGUUUUUGGACAAUAAUGUUUUUUUGAGUGUACUCUUGUAAAGGAAAAGGCUCUUCUCCUAUAAUGGGUUCUAGGUAUAUUUGAAAACCAAAAUAGGUUAUUCUGUAAAAAAAUGGAGAUAUACUUUUAAUGUUUCUGAUAAGAUAAAAAUGGGUUUUGGAAAGGGUCAGAUCCUUUUUCAAAGACACAGCAGCCAGUAGGCAAAUGAAACAAGUAUUAUGUUUUUGAUAUACAUUAUAAUGUUACUUCCUUUGAGGAAAAGUACAAUGGAGGCAUAGAUACAACUUGCAACAAUCAAAUUUCAUGUCUCAGCAAGGUAAGUUUUUAUGCAGUAUAUAUAAUAUGACAUAUUUGGAAUGUUGGCAGGAGGCACGGAUAUCUCAA